AUUGGCACUAAUUAUUCGGCGAGAUAUCUAAUCAUUCAAGUACCUACCUAACGAUUUGUUUUUAGAGGUUCUUGAAACUUUUUCAUUACGAAUAGUAGGUACAGUUUAUGAAUUUCUGUAAAAGAAAUCAUCGGUUCGUGUUGAAUGAAAUGUUCAGUUCCAAUGUCGUGAAAUGGCUGAUUUUCUUCGAUUUUUUCGUCGCUGAUAUUGGGGUAUUUUCAAGUCAUCUUGAUCCAGCGAAUUUAUUUUGCGAAAAAGAUCGGGUUUACCUGAAUGGCGGUUCAUUUUGUGAUGGGUUUUCGCAGUGUACUGAUGACAGCGAUGAAGCGUACGGAUGUGACCUGUACAGUUGUGGAACAGCGAAAUUCAAAUGCCUAAGCGAUGGUUCGUGCAAAGAUAUAAAAGUUCGUUGUGAUACGAGAAAGGAUUGCUUAGAUGGAUCAGAUGAAUUACACUGUGGCCACGAAACCAACAUCGAACAGUGUCAUUUGCAACAGAAUAGAUUCCUGUGUCAAGAUAAAUUGAAAUGUCUUGAUUUCAAAUUCAUUUGCGACGGAGUCUGUAAUUGCUUCGACUGCUCAGAUGAAUGGCAUGGCUGUUCCAUAUAUGAUGAAUACCUUUGCGAGGCAUGUUCAAAUGGUUGCUCUUCGGGUAUAUACAAAGUUUCUGAUUUUUACAAAAGUUUUUCACACUCUCAGGCUGAUUUCAAAUGUAGAGAUACCUUAUCGUAUGAUCCGUGUGGUCAGAAAUGCUUCUACUAUGGGAAUAGUUUGACUUUCAGGUGCUUAAAUGAUGAAAAUUAUCACAUUCGUGGCGUUAAUGGAGUGAAUAAUGAUAAAUGUUAUAACAGCGUGUCGUUCAAAAACUUACUAAUUUAUUCAACCGAUGACGAAAUAAAAAUGUUUUUCUUCAGCAGCAACAAAACAUCUACUCUGCAAACUGGAGUGGAUUGUACAGCUCUGACAGCAGCUCAUCAUUUCGUUUAUUGUGCAACUUUUGUCGGUGGCUUUGGAUUAAUAUUGAAGAUCUCGGUGGUUUCAAAAAAAACAUAUGAGAUAGUAAAAUUAAAUUCAAAAGUUACAUCAAUAGCAGUUGAUUGGAUCACCAAUAAUAUUUAUUUCACGACUAAUUCAUCAUUAUCGGUUUGCGUUAAUAAUGGCGAAUUUUGCACUCAACUUAAAAAUUGUACUUCGUCAUGUUCCUCGGUUAGUUUGGCUCCAAAAUUUGGUCUCAUGUUUUGGAUCGACAAUGACGUCAUAAUGAAAGCUGCAAUGGAUGGAAGCAGUGAGAGUAUCUUGGUUAAAGAACUCGGUCCAAAAUUAAUUUCGUCUAUGGCUGAUGAAUUGACUGAUAAUUUGUACUGGAUUCAUCUUUCGUUACCUGAGCAUGAAGGUGCGGAUGUAAAAUCAAUGAAUUUCUACAUCCAUCCUAGUUCAAGAAGUAUUUGGAAUUUAUACACCCUCGAAAAAGAUUGUUUUACUUUUGCUGUAUUUGAAAAUACUGUGUACUACACUAGAGCUGGCCACAAUACAAUUUAUCGUUUCAAAAGAAGGAUCGAUGAACUUGAUAAUCUAUCGAAUGAUUUUGAUAUUCUUACAGUUGAUAGAAAUGCCUCUUCAGUAAAAUAUUUGUACGCUUAUAAUUCCCUGCUUCAACGAAGUAAGGUUACAAAUCCAUGCAACGGAGUAUCUUGCUCUGAUUUAUGCUUACUUCGUCCAUCAACUUCAUCCAAGGGUUUAAUUUACACUUGUAUGCGUAGAAAUAUUACAUCGAAUAAAAUAGCUGAUUGAAAUAAAUCUGUGUUCUUGUUUUU